CACCGUUUUUCAUGUUUCCUCAAACGGUCUAUUGGGGAACUUUGCCUAGGCCUACUCAUCAUAUAGCGGGCGGCACGUUGUAAUAUUUUCAGGCGUCAGCGGUCGACGUGGCUGGCUGACGCAUUUUGCUCUUUUCCCCCAAAUUCCAAGAUUCGUUUAAGAGGUCGAUUUCUUUACGGGAUAUGUAGACUUGUUUCUAUGCUUGGGCAAGUAGAAUGCUUGUAAGGUUUAUUUGAUUAUCUGAAAUACCUAAAUAUUCUAAAUUAUAUUCACAUUUGAACUAAUACAUUUAACUUGAAUUUGGAUGGAGUUUCUUGCUCUAGUCUGCUGCGAAACUUCUAGAGCUGUGGGCCAUUGUCGCUUGCAGUCGCAUUUGCUACUUUGAAUCAAUUCCUUUUCAAGUAGGCAAAAGGAAGCUGCAAGCCGAAACUUUGCUGCAGGCUACAAAAAUGCCAAGUAAUGAAGUGAAGCAAAGGAAGAAGACCACGGCUCAGAAACUAAAUGACGAACCGGUUGAAACUUCAAAGUACACUUCCGAAAAUGAAGCAAAAUCUACGGAAGGAAAUAGCUUGGCUGAACGUAAAAGCUCCUCGCCGUCCUCCCUGGAUGUGAAAACGAUAACUUGUCUACUGUCACUGAUAGUUUGCAUAGUGCUUACAUGGUUUGUAUUGCAGCAGAAUGCAAGAUUCUUCGACGUGGAAGAAAAGUACAAACUACUGUCUGGGAAGACUGCAAGUCUCCUUGAAAUGGAGGAGGAAGUCAUCAAGGUGUCCAAGAAGUGUGAGGGUGUCCAGAGACUGUUGGAGCAUCUAGAGAGGCAGCCUGGUGGUCUCCUGCCCCACUUGGAGGCCCUGGAGCGGGAUGUAAGCCAGCUGAAGGACUGGGCGUCCGGCCUAACGGAGAAACGUGGCCUGCUCCAGGACAGCGUGGCAGCACUGACCGAGGCUGUGGGACAAAUCGAGGGACGGACCUCUGCCAUCACUAAGGAUGUCAACACUAAGGUGGCGUCGGUGAGGACAGACGUGCGUCGGAUGGAUGGGCUCCAGUCGGAGGUGGAGUCUCUCCUGGAGAAGGUACGGGAGCUGGAGGAGCGGGCCGCCCAGGCCGAACGCAGCAUGGUCAAACGUAUCGGCGACCUGCUGGCCGGCAGCAUCGACCGCAUCCAGGACCUCAAGGGUGCCACGGAGCGCAACGCCCAAGCCCUGGAGCAGCUCAAACGCCGCCUACCUGAACUGUUCGCCAACGACCGGCAGAUCUCGGAGCGCCUGAGGGAGCUGGAAAGCGGCCGCGCCCGAUUGGUCCGCACGGUGACCUUCGCCGGGGACCUCAAGCCCAAGGUGGCGGCCAUCAAGCGGGACUUCGGGGCGCUGGCUCCGCAGGUGGAUGAGCUGACCCUGAGGAUCGGCCGUCUGGCCGAGGAUCUGACCAGGAGGGAGGAGGACAUCGCAGAGCUACGGCAGACGUUCUCUAACCUCAGCGCUGUGGAGGAGGACCUAGGAGUUGUGACACAGCAGUUGAGUCAGAUAGUUGAGCCUGAGAUGCCCGUAGUGGGAGGAGAGAUGCUUCUGCAGAAAGUCAACAUGAUUGAAGCCCUCCCUCAGACACUGGAAGGAGAGCUGUGAAUGAGUGCUUUUCUAUAUGCUAUAGAUCUACAGAGUAAAUGGCAAACUUUCAGCUUGUCACCAAUCAUUCCCUUACAAUAAAUGGCAUUUUUGAGAAUCUGAAAUCCGAGUUUGCUGAUCUUACUGUACACCCAUGGUCGACCCCACCUAGCCCUUGCAACAGGUACUUCUGGAUCCCCUCCCCCCAGAGAUCUUGAUUAAUGUGAGCAAUAUGGUGGAACCCACAGAGGAACACUAGAAAGGCCAGUGGCAAAGUCAAUUUCUCUAUAUAGCGUCAAAAUUCAGGAAAACAAAAAUGUGCUUGUUGGAAUUCAUUUAAGUUUAGGGUUAGGGAUAAGGUUAGUAGUGUGGUUUAGGUUAGGGAUAAUGUUAGCAGUGUGGUUUAGGUUAGGUUUAAAAUCAGAUGUUAUGGCUGUGCCAGCUAGUGACAACCCUGCAGAGCUGCCUCCAGUACAUGAGUCAUCCCAAUAAAUGCCAACCUGUGUCCUAGGAGACUGGAAUGUUAUUUUUUGAGAGAACUGGCAUCAAUCAUGGCGAAUGGGAGGUCUUGCUGGUCCACAGUUUUGGAAUGUGAGCAGUCUCUUGAACAGUUUCCCCCUCAGUUGUCAGUCUGGCCAGUGGGCGGGUUGUAACAACACUGCUUGACCCCUGUGUGACCUGCACAAGUGUAUGUAUUCUCAGGCUAAGGGGCCUGUUCAGGAGGAAUGUUAUGCUACAAUAUGAUUCUGUUCUGUCCAAUAAGGAAUGAUGUCAGCGCUAUACAUUCUACCUGCAAUGUUCUCAAUAUUUCACAGUGCUGAAUACAUGCCCUGGGGUUUCACAUGGCUAGCUAGUCCUGCUAGUUUUUACAUCUCUCUGCCAUGAAUCAAAAUGAGUCUGGUUUAAAGGUAUAGGGACCUAAAAUAGAAUACUGAAUGCUGCAGCCGCAAGGCAAUGUAGCUUUGCCUGUGUUUACACCAGGGUGUGCAGUCUGUCACCAGGAGUUUAUUGCAGCUGGUUGCAGCUGGUCUUUGGGUAAAGAGUGUGGACACCAUACCACUGUUUUAACUAGAGCUAAUUACAUGUACAGAUCACACCACAUGCAUUUACUGUCUCCAUUCCUUGAAACUGUCACAACCCCAUUGUAGUGGUGUUAGGACACUGCAGAGAUCGUGUUUUAACUAGAGCUAAUUACAUGUACAGAUCACACCACAUGCAUUUACUGUCUCCAUUCCUUCAAACUGUCACAACCCCAUUGUAGUGGUGUUAGGACACUGCAGAGAUGGUGUUUUAAGGACUUGGAUAUAUUGUUCUUCGUGUGAGAGGGAUGUGCUUAAUAAAUUGUCAAUUUGAA